AUGCACAAGGAAGAGAAACAGCGCAUUGAGGUCCACCCGUACUCUCUCAGUGCGCUCAGUCCACCGGCACGCUCCCCCACCUCUCAACAGUCGACACUAUGCUCGCUGCCGACGUCGCCAAAGUCGGCAAGAGGCAAGCGAAACGACUCUGUUAUCACCGUCAAAAGCACGAGUACGAACACGGGCUCAACAGCAUCUUUCCCCUCCGACAUCCAUUCCGACUACACUGCGUCCUCGUCAGCGUUCCACAGACCGGGCAUCGACUACGAGGAGAGCGACGAGGAUCUCCUUGCCUCGGCGUGGCGCCAUCCUCUCGCUGUGCAUGCUGAGCCUGUUCCCGCUAUGCCGCUACACAUCGAGGAGAUGCGGACACGGCGCUCGCGCGGCGGCAUAGGCACAUGGCACAUUCCCAGCGCCGAAACGUUGUGUGCGCAGAUCGGACACGACGCUCGUCCACACCUCCACCGCUGCUUCCUCAACGCCUUCAUGGUCCCCGUUGCAAACUGUGACCUCUUUGCGACGACGCGCUGUAAGCGCUGCAACCUCCUCAUCACACACGACGACGAGAGCUGUACUCGCUGCCCUGCCCGCUGGUUGCGAGAGAAGACGGGCGUCGACGAGACAUCUUGGCUCGGGACACGGAGUCGGUUGAUCGUCGACGACCAGAGUGCGCAAACAGUCAACCGCUUACUCACACCACAAACAUCCCGCCUUUCGCAGUAG